UUGAAUUCGAAGCAUUUGAAUAGCCGUUGUGUUUAACAAUUUUCUUUAUUUUAAAUUUAUUUUGCCUGAGAUUUAUGUUGGAAUGAAAUAAUUUCUAUAUUAUAUUUCUAAAAAUAAACUAAUUAUCUGUCGGUGAUGGUAUUUACCUAGUGUUUGGUGGUUAUCAAAAUAUUUAUGGUGUUUUCGAACCUUUUUUAAUAGAACACUUCUAUGAAUAUCUUGUGGUGAGUCUGUUAAUCAUGAAUAAUACACUACAUGUAGAAGUGGUGCAGAAAAGAAAAAGCCGUGAGAGUAAAGACUUUGUGAAAGGAAUAGUUCAUUCUUACUUGGCAAGAUUUUCUUGUAUCAGUCCCGGCACCACACUAAGUGAUAAGGAUUUAGAAGAAAAUGUUGAACUCAAUGAACAUGUACAAUCUAUAACAUUUUGUGACAUAGAUCACGACACCGAAGUGCAAAUGACUAACUCAGAACUUGUGUAUCAUGUUUUUAAAUUAGAUGCUUUUGGUGUGGAGACCGACACGAUGACAGAUAACGCUUCUGGAGAAGAGCUAGCCGCUGCCGAUGUCUGGUCUCUGCCUUCAGAAGAGUUCCACGGAUUGUGGGAAAGUCUAGUGUACGAUUCUAAAUUGAAGGAGGAUACACUAAGAUUCGCAGAGACCGCUUUCGAGUUUGCCGAUCGUGGAGUCAAUCCCACUAUCGUCGGGUGUAACAGAGUGGUGUUGCUGCACGGGCCGCCGGGCACCGGGAAGACUAGUCUGUGUCGUGCGCUCGCUCAGAAGCUCGCCAUCCGGCUGGGCGAGAGGUUCCCGCGCGCACGUCUACUCGAGAUCAAUGCUCACGGACUAUUUUCCAAGUGGUUUUCGGAAAGCGGCAAACUAGUGGCGCGCCUGUUCGAGCGCGUGCGUGACAUAGUUGAAGAUCGGAGGCUACUCGCUUGCGUGCUCGUCGACGAGGUGGAGUCGCUGGCGCACGCACGACGUGCCGCUCUCGCCGGUCUCGAGCCUUCCGACUCGAUCCGCGCCGUAAACGCUAUCCUCACGCAACUGGAUCGGCUUCGGCGGCAUCCCAACGCGCUCGUGCUGGCCACGUCCAACGUGACCGGCGCGAUCGACGUCGCCUUCGUGGACCGCGCCGACGUCAAACGACUCGUGGGCCCACCGACGGCGCGUGCCGCGUACGAGAUCCUGCGCGGCUGCUGCGGCGAGCUUGCGGCGCGCGGCGUGGUGGUGCCGCGCGCGGGCGAGCGGCUGUUCUCGCUGCGAGUGCUGGAGGGCUCGCGGUUCGCAGACAGUGAGGCGGCGCGCGCGUCGCUGCGGCUGUGGGCGGCGGCCAGCGAGGCGGGCGCGGCGCGCGUGUCGGCGCGCGCGCUGCGCCGGCUGCCGCUGCUGGCGCGCGCGCUGCACUGCGCGGCGCGGCCGGACCUGCUGCGCUUCGUGGACGCGCUGCACGCCGCGCUGCGCCACCACCUGGCCGACGCGCGCGACCUCCACGAUGAGGACCAACAGUGAUCCUGUCUGAACCCUCUCUGUAAUUUUAAGAUAAUGUAAUAUUCUAAAGAUAAAGGCGGUUUGACUGCCAAUGAUUUCCAACCUGCAAGUAAAACUCACCAUUAUAAUUUAAAACAUAUCUGAUGAAUCCAAAUACAUUUAACAAGCUGGUUGAUAGAUUUUGUAAUUUCAGAUUUUUUGGAGGUCAGCUGUGCUUGACUAGACUUGUUCAUGUAGUUUCACUCCUCUAGGAAUUUUCAGCAAGAAAUUCGAAUAUUUGAUCCUGAAUCUCUGUGUCAAACAAAUAUGUUAAUUUUUUAUUGAAUUAGAAGUUUCUUCUUAUAUAUUAUUUUUCUUUUACUUUAUUCAUAUAUGUCGUACGGUGGUUGGUACCUGACUUGAAAGUGUAAUGCACAUGUUAAAACCCAACCUCAGUAUAUACCAUUUUUGUACAUUAGAUAAAAAAAU